GGGACAGGGAACCUGAGUGAGGUCAGAGACGUCCGGCCAGGUGCUGGGUCUCAGGUACCCUCUGCCCAAGAUGCGGUAGAAGCGGCGAGCGCGAGAAGCCCGGGCCCGGCGCCGCCAACCCGUCGCCCAGCCCAUGGCGACCCCAGCCCUGGGGCUGCUCUUGGCGCUCGGCCUGCCGCUGCUGCCGGCCCUGUGGGCCACCACAGCACUGAACACUUCUUCGGGGAAUGGCACUACCCCGCCCUCUACCCCUAGCCCCAGUGGGGGUCUGUCUCAGGAGGCCAUUACUGCUAUCAUCGUGGUUUUCUCCAUCCUGGCCGCCUUGCUCCUGGCCGUGCUGCUGGUGCUACUGGUACGGAAACUUCGGGAGAAGCGGCAGACAGAGGGCACCUACCGGCCCAGCAGCGAGGAGCAGUUCUCUCAUGCAGCGGAGGCCCAAGCCCCCCAGGACUCCAAGGAGAAGGUGCGGGGCUGCCUGCCCAUCUAGGUCCCUCCCUUCCUCCAUCUCGCUUCCUUGCUGUGUGACCUUGGAGAAGGGGUGAACUCUCUAGGCAAUGGGA